UGGUGCUUCGAUGCUUGGAACACCUGUGUUUAUACCAAUAUGGUACCGAAAUCAGUAGAUACUAGCCGGUUAGUGGACAUUAGAUUUAGCAACUGUUGGCGCUCGCAGGUUAAGCAGGCAUACUUGUACCCGGGUAAAUUGGCGGCUCCGGACAAUCUAUUUAUACAGCGAUAUAACUGGAAGCUGGACGCUGGCUAGCAGUCAUCACUGAUUGGACAGCGGAUGACGCAAACAUACCAACCACCAAAGUUUCAUUAUGUAAACCCUAGCCUCUUUGUUUCUUGAUCUCUAACCACAGAAAGAGUUAUAAAUAGGGGAGCUAUUUACAAUCAACCAGAGCCAGUUUGGACCAGUGCGGGAGCAUAGGAAGUUGUGUCCGGGUUGAUCGCACAUCAUAGUAGUAGAUUCACAGAGGUGGUGAUCGAAUAAUUGGUGUUGAACCAAUUAACCUGUCGCCGCAGCAUAUGAAGCCAUCACAGAGAAGCCAUGCGUCUGCUGCUAAGCGUGAAACACGCCAUUGCACGCGAACGUCCUACGACUAUUCGCGAUACUUCACGAACACCAGUUUAGCGUUAUAUUGAUUAUCGAGCGUGCGAACAGUUGAGCUACAAACGCCAAGAUGAUACACACUAAUUACAGAGGCUGUAAGGAAUGGUGCGAUGGUGGACUCCCGAUGUCGACAACGAGUGAUGAAGCCACGAAGAUGUUUGACGCCACAUUAUCGCAGUACGUUGGAUUUCGAGAUGAGACAAGUGUUGGCGGCAUGGCAAAAACAAUGGAGAGAAUGUUGUCUGCCGACCCUGAAUUUGUGAUGGGACGAGUGAUUGUCAACGGAUUGACGGUGGUGGGUAUGGGUAAAUCGCCUCGCUGGGACAAGCAGCUACGUCAGAGUAUCGAUGAGAUGGUUAGGUUGGCAGAAACGCGUAAAAUCACGAAACGCGAAACAAAGCAUGUUGAAGCCAUUAAAUUGCUAUCUGAUGGCUAUAUGUACGAGGCCACGCAAGUGUGGGAAGACAUCCUCGUCGACCAUCCGACAGACAUAUUGGCGUUGAAACAAGGUCAAGACGCGUACUACAGGCUUGGCAAACCCGUCCAGAUGCGAGAUUCCAUUGCCAGGGUCUUACCUCAUUGGGAUGCCUCCAUUCCGCUGUAUGCAUAUCUUCCUGGAUUCUAUGCGUUUGGUUUAUGCGAGACUGAUCACUGGAACGAAGCAGAAAAGAGUGCUAAUAAGGGCAUUGAGCUUAUUCCAACUAGCUCAUGGGCAACGCAUGUCUUAGCUCACGUAUACGAGAUGCAGGGAAGGACCCAGGAGGGUAUAUCCCACUUAAGCACAACGCUGGAUAACUGGACGGAUCAUAGUUCGGCUCCAUUGGCUAACCACAUAUUUUGGCACUGGGCAGUUUUUCACAUAGAAAGGGGUGAAUAUACAGCGGCUCUGGACCUGUUUGACUCACAAGUAAGCGAAUGUACGGUGCGCCAAAUUAGUGUAAGGGAUAUGGCAUGGUUGAAUUCUGCAGGUGUGACAGUCGGGCAGGAGCGCUGGGAGGACGUAGCUGAAGUAUGCCGACCGCGCCUGGACGAGCACACGAGUGUCUUCAACGAUUGCCAUCUACUCAUGGCAUGUCUUAGUGCGAAGAAGAGCAGCGACGUUGAUCACCUAAUCGGGUCCAUUAAAACAUACGUAAUGGAGGUGGGCACGGGGACGCAACACAAGCUCUUCGAAACUGUGGGUAAAGCCAUGACGAGAAGUUUGGUUGCGUACGGGGAAGGUCGAUACAGUGAUGCUGUCCGAAUUCUAAAUCCACACAGAUACAGUAUCAUUGAUAUUGGAGGUAGCAACGCGCAGAGAGACGUCUUCAAGCUCUUUCUCAUAAAUGCUGCGAUACGGUCUAACACUCCUGAACAUCGAAGACUCGCAAGAUCACUGGUGAUAGAACGCAAAGCGUACAAGCCAGACUCACCGAUGACAGACCGGCUGAUGGAGCGUGUCAUGGCUUUACAUGAUAACUGACUAACGCAUAAAAAAGUUUUAAAGUAGAGAGCGCUAAACAUUACUAUUGCUAUUUAGUUACAACAAAUUCGAGCAUUUUAGGAGGGAAGUACACACGCGAUACCUACUAUCACGGUAUUAUAGUAUACUUUAUUGAUGCUGCGUUAAACUAUGAACAAACGUCCUGAGCACAAUUCACGAGAAUCUAAGCACUAUUUAUGAUUAAUCGGACUAGCAUUCGGCAAAUCUAGCUGCCAUAAAACGUCCAAGUACAAUUGAAUGAAAUGUUUACAGUCAGUCUGUAUACAAGUACAGUAUACGUUGUAUUAUCGAGAAGAGGGGCACAGAAUAUAAAUACCAUAGUUUUAAUGUUUUUUGUCUGCAUUGGCACACCCAAGCUAAGUGAGUUAAUCCAGAAGAAGAAGAAAUGGUUACUACUUAGCUGGAAAACGAGAAUAAGCGUGUUUGGUGAUAGCAACUCACGGCGAGGGGCGUACGUUCUAUGUCACCUCGUGCUGUCUAACUGCCUCGUCUGACAUGCCCGUGCACUGGUAAUGUGAUGCAGGAUAAUGUAAUUUAAAGUCGUUAAUGCAAAAAAUAAUUUCAUCACCUAGAUCAUAUUAGUGCUGGGGCUAAUAGAUUGCGUUGCUGGUAUGUUGUUUAUUCCGUCGUAAAACCUAUACAUUGAGACAAAUGAAAUUCUGCGUAUUAUCCGUAGUAACUUAGCUAAGUCACUGCUAGUAAAGUAUAUCAUAGAAGUAAUAUUAUAUUACAGUAGAAAACAGGUAUGGCGUUGGUGUAUAUAUUAGCAUAUACAUUUUAGGAUCAGUAUAUUACGGUAUAUCUACGCAUUAUAGAAUAAGAUUGCGAUCAAAGCACAUUGGACAUGAACAUUUUUUUCGUUUUAAAGCUUAGGUAAGACUUUUGGUAUGCAUGUUAGAGAUAUUUUUAUUCUUGAAAAUAAUAGCUUUUAAAUUACCUGCA